UCAUAGGUGGAGGCCCUGUAUCCAAUUGGUCGACCUUUGGAGCUAUCCCCCUUUGUAAAAACUUGGAAUGAGGAUUUGUUGGAAACCAAUCUUGGAUAAUGGCCAUAUCCUAGCAAGGAAUGGCUUUCACUGGAUUGCACUUUAAAAUACUUUGUUUCAAAUCAACUUGGAGUAUUUUAGCUCAUCUAUGUUGUUAGGUGGAUAGAAUGUUUUUUUAAUAUAUUUGCUGAUCAAUCUCUACUGAAAGUUGUGCCACCUGAUGAUUUUGCUGAGAUUUAGUUUGUUAAGGUUGCUAUCCUGUUCUAUGAGGAUCUAAUGAGGUUUGCAUUAGAAUGCUCUAAACGCAAUUACAAGUUCUGCAGGUUUUCUGAGGUGUAUAGCUUUUAUAGCUUUACAUGGCUUCUAAGUUUUGCAGUCAACUGCCAAGGCCACUUCAUGACAUUGUCAUGUGGAGCCUAAUAUGCUUCUCAUUUAAUUCUGUCAUUUAUGAAUUACUAACUUUCACAAUGAGAGGUGCUACAUGUCAAAGAAAUGCGAGAAGUAUAAAGGUAUCAUCUCCACCUUUGUCCUGUGACAUUAUUAUACUUCAGUAUCUGGUGGUGCAGUUGGUUGCCUGGAUCCCCUCUUGAAGGUGAACGAGACGUGACUCUCGUGGAUGAGAAGCCAGUGCCCGUGAAUCGUUGUGAGCAUUCCUGUCCCUCUGCAUCGAUCUCUGAGAAGGCAUCGCAGGUGUUCGACACAAGGCCGGCGCUUCACCCUUGCAUGACGACGUGGAUGAUGCUUUGCUAGAAACCUCCUGCUGUGUAUGAAGCGCAACGCAACAUAUGUCGAACUUAGUGGAAGUGGAAUCAGAGGCUUGAAUGCGACGAGAGUUCUCGAUCCAGCGAAACAGAUGCUGUGGCGUUGUGCGCCCUCAGAACUGCUCGACGGGGGGCCAGCGCCUGCAAUGGGCCUCGUGACGAACAAGGCGGGGGCAGAGCAUUGGGAUGUCCACAAGCAUACACAUCCCUUUCUGUGCUGCUAUCAUUGUUGGGACAGAAUGACAUCAUUGUUGCAGCCACAAAUCCCAAUUCAAGGUCAAGGAGUCCAAACUGCAGGUAAAACCGUAGCGGAGAAGGCAACAUCAGGCAUCCCAGUAUCUGGUAUCCUUCCUGUUCUCUCCAUACCUGAAUACUAUUAUUAUAUAUGGAGUUGGUCGUCUCCCUGGCUUGAUAAGUUUUUGCUCAGAGACUCGAGACCAGGGUUGAUGAUCGAGGCUGGGGAAAUGUUUCUACCACCAGGUUUUCGCUUCCAUCCAACUGAUGAGGAGCUCAUCACUCACUACCUUGCGCCGAAGGUUGCCGGUACCAGUUUCUGUGCCACUGUGAUUGGGGAACUUGACCUCAACAAGAGAGAGCCAUGGGACUUGCCAUUGAGCACAAAGGUAGGGGACGAGUGGUACUUCUUCUGCAUGAAGGACAGGAAGUACCCAACUGGCUUGAGGACAAACAGAGCCACCGAUUCCGGCCACUGGAAAGCAACAGGAAAAGAUAAGGAGAUACACAGAAGACGGAAUCUGAUCGGGUUGAAGAAGACUCUGGUCUUCUACAAAGGCAGGGCGCCCAAAGGUGAGAAGACUAAUUGGGUCAUGCAUGAGUACAGACUGGAGGGGAAUCAGUCAAACACGGUGCAAAAUGCUUGGGUGAUCUGUAGAGUGUUCUGUAGAAGGUCAGGUGAGAAACAGGACAUGGAAUGGUUUGAAGAUGAACUCAGAUCUUCUGUUCCGGUCCUAUCUGCGAAUGAUCACAACAAGAACAAGGACUGGUUCUCUUCUGCAUCCAAUUCGACCCAUGUGACCUGCUUCUCCGAUGGCUUGGUGGGCCUGAGGGGCUCUGAGGAGUUGGCAAAGCCUUCUCAGAACUCAAUCAUGGUGCCUCUAUCACUGUCCUCGAACGCUACCAGCCCAGCAACCUCAAACCUCGUAGAUUUGCAUCACCGAGGAGACAGUUCGGUGCAGUUGUCCGAGAGCUAUGGCCGUGGCAAUGACAAGAACUUGAAGAUGGAGGAGGAGGCUCUCAGCAUUUCAGAGGUAACAGGUUUGAUCACCAACAUGGCGCCUGAUAUCUACACAUCCAUCAGAAGCAACUUCAAUUACCAGGAGCUCCUGCAUGAUGCAGAGCGACUCGAUGUGCUGUCAUGGAACUACUAGAACAAAGAAUUGAGCAGCAGAAGAACAUAGUGACCACUGUACAUGUUGAUUUCAAGAAUUACUCGAUCUUACUAGAGAUCAAAUCUGUAGAGUGAUGAGUAGCACAUACCAUAAUUUUUGCAUGGGGGUAAGAGCUGCAUGAUUGCA